UUAACCUUGUGAAAUCUCGAUGGAGCCCUCUCGCAAGUCAAAUCCUUUUCCAUGCACACAUUGAUUAACUCCAGUCUCCUCCCCAAGAUCUUCUCGCGCAUCUCCUUCACAUUCAGGCUUGUCACAAAUCCAAAGAAUGUGCAUUAUGGCCGAUUCAACCUUGCUCGUUACUUUCCCUUCGACCUUUCCCAUGGGACCUCGUCGUUCUUCGUACCCAAUUCUUCAUUCUCUCUCCCCAAAACCCCCAAUUCUCAAUCUUCGUCUUCACUCUAGUUCGCUGAGACUCCCGAGGUUGACUUAUCAUGUCAGCAAUGUUCAAGAAGCUGUUGGAAGUGCUAUUACUCUCAUCCAAUCGUCUCCUCCCACGUGGGAAUCUGCUCUUGCUACCAAUCUCUUGAUCUUCCUUUUGGGUUCUCCCCUUUUGGUUGCUGGCUUGUCUCUCUCUGGUAUUGGUGCUGCUUUUCUUCUCGGAACACUCACUUGGCGCGCUUUUGGUCCUUCUGGGUUCCUUAUCGUUUCUGCCUAUUUCAUCAUUGGUACAGCAGUUACGAAGGUCAAGAUGGCUCAGAAAGAGGCUCAGGGAAUUGCUGAGAAAAGAAAAGGACGAAGAGGUCCUGGUAGUGUUGUUGGAUCCGGUGCAGCUGGCUGCCUUUUUGCUUUGCUCUCAAUUUGGGAAUUUGGGGGAGAGGCAUUUUCCCAGCUAUGGCUUCUUGGUUUUGUUGCCAGUUUUUGUACGAAGUUGAGUGAUACUGUCUCAAGUGAGAUCGGGAAGGCAUAUGGCAAAACAACGUAUCUAGUCACAACAUUUAAGAUAGUUCCGAGAGGAACAGAAGGGGCUGUGAGUGUUGAAGGAACUUCAGCAGGGAUUCUAGCAUCUAUAGUUCUUGCCUUUCUCAGUUGUCUCUUGGGUAAGAUCAAUACACAUGAAGCAGCUAUAUGUGUUCUAGCUUCUCAGAUUGCUAAUCUCAGCGAGAGCUUCGUAGGUGCUGCACUUCAAGGAAAGAAAGGAUUUCAAUGGCUUACCAAUGAUGUGGUCAAUGUCAUCAACAUAUCGAUUGGCAGCUUCAUGGCAAUCUUAUUUCAGCUAGCACUCCAGAAGUUGAAUAUUUAAUUUCGCUGCUAGCUUUAGAAGGAGAUCAAUCAUCCCAUUUGUUUUAUGGCAAUAGAUCAGUGUGGAUGGAUACACUUGCCAUAUAAAACUGAAAAACAAAUGCAAACACUCCAGGGAGUUCAUGUUUCUGAGAUCAUGUGCAAGCUCAAUGCGGACAACCAUAGCCAUUUUUCCUGGUGAAACUGGGUAUUUUGUUUGUUACGAGGUUUCAUUGACCACAUUAUGACAAAGAAUGACAGUGGCUAUGAUAGCAAAAUAACUAUUGGGUUCAUCCUGUUGUAGAUGUAAAUUUUCUUGUUGUCAGGUUAAUGUUAAUAAAUAUAGCAGUUUCCAUUGGAUAUUCAACUGGUGGAGAUUCAUUUCAUUUAGAGUCUGUUUGGUUCAACUUCUUCACACCCAAUUCCUAAUAAUCAAGUACCAGAUGUCAUGAAAUGUUAACUCC